AUGUCCCUGCUUUCAAUCGUCAGUCUGAGUGUAUCGUUCCAAGUAGUGAAAUUGAUUGAGAGGUGCUUACGGCAGAUUUUUGUCGAUAUCUGGGAAACAAUGCGCUUACUAGGCCAGGGAUCGCUCGAUGACUUGAAAGCAGACCCAGCACUAUGGGACGAAGAGAAACUCCUGUUCUCAUUAAAAGACCUACUUCCAAUUAGGACAUCAGACACGCACCAAAGUUCUUUCGUACAACUGGUUCAAAGCUCAACAUCACAAGAAUACACCUAUGCAAUCAACCCGGUACCUGCCCUUAGUAUUUUCUUGCCCUCUAUACCAUAG